AUGGCCACCGACACUGACACCCAUUUCGACACUGACUUCGUCACCGACAUCGACACCGACUUCGACACCUACACAUAUUCAGACGACAAUACAGCGGACACAAGUGCAUAUAAUGACGACAAUUACGAUACGUCUUCAGUGUAUACAUUGAAAGGAGAAUUAUCGCAGUAUGUCAAUAGAGGCAGAAGUGAAUUGUCCUUGUACCACGAAUAUUAUCCAGGAAUAGAGUCUGUGCAGUACAAUUAUAUACUAGAAAGGCAAAAUCCGUAUUCAACAAAUUUCCUGGAGUCUCUGAGUCAUCUAAUCAAAAGCUGCUUAGGUGCUGGUGUGCUGGGUAUGCAUGAAGGUUUUAUGUACGCUGGCAUUUGGACGUCUUUAGUGACUGUCACAGUUAUUGGAGUCCUGAUGUUGGUGACUUGUGCCAAAAAGAUGUAUGUAAAAAUUCGCGUACCAAAACUUACUUAUCCGGAUCUAGCGGAGGCAUCUGUAGCAACUGGACCCCUUAAAUCCUGCAGAAGAUAUAGUAAAGCAUUCAGAUACACGGUGGAUCUUUGCCUAUUCUCACAACUAUGCGGAACUUGUUGCAUUUACGAAAUCAUGAUUGCCGAUACUCUAAAACAGGUAUUAGAAGCUGUAUGUGAAAGUGUACAGAAACAAAAUUUUACAUUAAGAAUUUACAUAAUUGUAUCAAUGAUACCUCUACUGUUAUUGAGCUUAAUUAGAAGUUUAAAAUAUCUAGCACCGUUCGCCUUCAUCGCAGAUUUAUUUGUUGCGGUGUGUGUUAUUACAACUAUGUACUAUAGUAUAACAAUAUCGAAUAAUAUAAAUGAUCGUCCCGCAUGGAAGAAUUUCCACGGUCUUUUACAAUUGUGCGGGAUUUGCAUUUACAGUAUGGACGGUAUACCAAUAAUAUUAGCCGUGGAGAAUAAUAUGAAAACACCUCAGUAUAUCACCUAUGUCAUAUUGUAUGGGAUGGCAAUUGUGGUCUCCGCUGUGACAAUUAUAGGAUUCUUUGGAUACUGGGCGUGGGGGGAGUCCUGUAGAACACCUAUAACUAAUCAUAUGCCGAUGGAAACGGUUCCAAUCAUACUACGAUUUUUACUGGUAGCAAUGUUGGCGGUAACGUUUGCCGUACAAUUCUGGGUUCCAUUUCGGACAAUGUGGCAUUAUAUUGGAAAGAAAUAUUUAAGAAAACGAGGCUAUUGGGAAAGGUUCUACAGAUUGCUGCAUGUAUUCACAAUUACAGCUAUCGCUUUACUAUUUCCAAAUAUGAUCAAAUUGAUGGUUUUCAUGGGUGACUUCUUUCUAGCCUUGAUCGUUUUUAUUUUUCCAGCUGUUAUACACAUAAAUGUCACUUGGAAUGAACACAAUCCGGGGGCAAUUAGAUGGAGUUGUAUAAAAGAUGUGGCCAUAAUUCUGUUCGGUUUAUCUUUGUGCGUCGGUGCCUUUUAUUGUAUUUUUUAAUAUUUAGAAAAA